CGCAGGCGCAGUGGUGAGGGGCGUGGCGACGUGGUCCGCGCCAUUCAGAGGUAAAGCUGCGGAGCCGCGAGAUUUCAAUUCAGCCUGCGGCCUCCAGGCUGUCUCUCCAGUUUGGACCUAACGCAGCAGUCCUUCCCUGGGGGAACAAGAACCAUGGCUGAUAAAACCCAGGAAGUCGGUGGCAUCCAUUUCCCUUUUCCCUUCCCACCCUACUCCAUCCAGAAGGACUUCAUGGCAGAACUGUACCAGGUGUUGGAGGCUGGCAAGAUUGGGAUAUUCGAGAGUCCCACUGGCACGGGAAAGUCCUUAAGUCUCAUCUGCGGGGCCCUGUCCUGGCUCCGUGACUUUGAGCAGAAGAAACAGCAAGAAGAGGUGCGCUGUCUCCUUGAUCCUGGAGCCGGCCCCUUGCCUGAGGGGAGGGACCUGCGCCCCGAAGCCUCUUCUUCCUGCCACGCAUCCCCUACCACCUCAAGGCCUGCAGGAGAGCCAGACUGGGUCACCCAGUUCGUGCAGAGGAAGGAAGAGAGGGACCUGGCGGAGCGAGUGAAGGAUGAGCAGAUCAGGAGGAGGAAACGAGAGGAACGGCUGCAGCAGACCCGCCACAGUGCUCAGCUCAAGUAUGCAGCCCGGGGCCGGAGGCAGGAGGAAGAGGAGACCGAGGCGCUCCUCCGCCUCAGCAGGGAGAUGCUGGCUGAGGGAGCAGGGGCGGAGCAGCUGGAGCAGCUGGAACCUGGGGAGGAAGAGCUGGUGCUUGCGGAGUACACCAGUGAUGAGGAGCGGAGGGCAGCCAGUGGGGUGGAUGAGGAUGAGGAAGACCUGGAGGAGGAACACGUCACCAAGAUUUACUACUGCAGCCGGACACACUCUCAGCUGGCCCAGUUUGUGCAGGAAGUUCGGAAGAGCCCCUUUGGCAAGGAAAUCCGGCUGGUGUCUCUCGGCUCCCGGCAGAACCUCUGUGUGAAUGAAGACGUGAGGAGCCUGGGUUCUGUGCAGCUCAUCAACGACCGCUGCGUGGAGAUACAGAGAAGCCAACACAAGAGUAAGAGCAGAGCUGAGGAGGAGAAGCCAAAGAGACGGCGACAAGAGGCCCGGGCUGCCUGCCCCUUCUACAACCACGAGCAGAUGCAGCUGCUCCGCGACGAGAUCCUGGUGGAGGUGAGGGAUGUGGAGCAGCUGGUGGCCCUUGGGAAGGAGGCCCGGGCCUGCCCCUACUACGGGAGCCGACUCGCCAUCGCUGCAGCCCAGCUGGUGGUGCUGCCCUACCCGAUGCUGCUGCACGUGGCCACGAGGCAGGCUGCGGGCAUCCGGCUGCAGGGCCAGGUCGUCAUCAUUGACGAGGCACACAACCUGAUUGACACCAUCACGGGCAUCCACAGCGUGGAGGUCACCGGGUCCCAGCUCUGCCAGGCCCAUUCCCAGUUGCUGCAGUACACAGAGCGGUACAGGAAGCGUCUGAAGGCCAAGAACCUGAUGUACAUCAAACAGAUCCUGUAUUUGCUGGAGAAGUUUGUGGCUGUGCUGGGAGGGGACAUCAGGCAGAACCCCAACACACGGAGCCUCUCGCAGACAGGGACGGAGCUGAAGACCAUCAACGACUUCCUCUUUGAGAGCCAGGUGGACAACAUCAACCUGUUCAAGGUGCAGCGGUACUGUGAGAAGAGCAAGGUCAGCCGGAAGCUCUGUGGCUUCACGGAACGCUAUGGCGCUGUCCUCCCGCCGCCCCAGCAGCAGUCCAGACUGGCUGGGCUCCAGCACUUCCUGCAGAGCCUGCAGCCCAGCACGACAGAGGCUCCUGCUGCCCCCUUGGAGGAGGCUGAGCCCGGAGCUGUACGUGCUGCAUCCCCGCUGAUGCAUAUCGAAGGCUUCCUCUCAGCACUCACCACCGCCAACCAGGACGGCAGGGUCAUCCUGAGCCGCCAAGGCAGCCUCAGUCAGAGCAGCCUCAAAUUCUUGCUCCUGAACCCAGCCGUGCACUUUGCCCAGGUGGUGAAGGAGUGCCGGGCGGUGGUCAUCGCAGGUGGUACCAUGCAGCCGGUGUCUGACUUCCGGGAGCAGCUGCUGGCCUGCGCCGGGGUGGAAGCAGAGCGCGUGGUGGAGUUUUCCUGCGGUCACGUGAUCCCGCCAGACAACAUCCUGCCCCUCGUCCUCUGCAGCGGGCCCACCAACCAGCAGCUGGAAUUCACCUACCAGAAGAGAGAGGUGCCUGCUAUGAUGGACGAGGCGGGCCGCAUUCUCUGCAACCUGUGCAACGUGGUCCCCGGAGGACUGGUCUGCUUCUUCCCUUCCUAUGAGUACCAGCACCAGGUCCUUGCCCACUGGGGCAAGAGUGGCCUGCUGACUCGCCUGGCUGUCAGGAAGAAGAUCUUCCAAGAGCCCAAGAGAGCCGGCCAGGUGGAGCAGGUGCUGGCGGCGUACGCCAGGUGCAUUGAGUGCCCUGGGGGGGUCUUGCCGCAGAGCUGUGCCCGGGCGAGCGGCCCUGGGACCGGGGCCCUGCUCCUCGCUGUGGUCGGAGGGAAGAUGAGUGAAGGGAUCAACUUCUCUGACGACCUGGGCCGGUGCGUGGUGAUGGUGGGCAUGCCCUACCCCAGCAUCAGGGCUCCCGAGCUGCAGGAGAAGAUGGCCUACUUGGACCAGCGCCUUCCUGGCACCCCUGGGCAGGUGCCCCCCGGGAAGGCCCUAGUGGAGAAUCUGUGCAUGAAGGCUGUCAACCAGUCCGUAGGCAGGGCCAUCCGGCACCAGAGGGACUUUGCCAGCAUCGUGCUCCUGGACCAGCGGUACGCCCGGCCCCCCGUCCUGGCAAAGCUGCCCGCCUGGAUCCGAGAUCGUGUGGAAGUCAAAGCCACCUUCGGCGCUGCAUUUGCUGCGCUGCGGAAGCAGGCGGCGAAACCACUGAGCUCAAGCCCCGGCCCCGAGAUGUGGUUUCUUACGGCCUCUUCCUGUGCCCACAGUUUCACCGGGAGAAGGUGGGGCCCUCCUGAUGGCGGCCACAUCGCUACCUGCCCCGGUCCCUGCCGUGCCUGAGAAAGUGGCUCCACACCGGCCCCCCAGAGCCGGCAAGUGCCAGGGUCCAGGGGUCCCAGUGAACCCAGCAGGAGCCGAUUGAGCUCCUCCCUUGGGAGCAGUGGGUUCUGCCAUGCUGGGGCCCAGCCCAGGACAGCUCAUGCUGGGACUCUCCCCACCCAGCGUGGCCUGGGGUCAGCUUCCUGACACUGCCCCUACCCCUCCACAGCACCCACCUUCCCAGAGGCUAUGCCCACCUGCCCUUCCCGGCACUUUCAGAGACCCUGUGUUUGUCACCGAGACCCUGGAAGGUGCCCUCCCUCCCUGCACCUGCUCUCAGCACCCCUCUCCUCGCCCCAGUCCAGCCUUAGUCCCCC